AUGGUUUUUCAUCUACAACGUCAGUCUCGAGGAGGCAAACACAACUGGGUAUCCCUUAAACAGUCGAAGAGACUGUUUAGGAUGUACAUGGACUCGGUGAGGGAUUUCAAAAAUAAAUGGUACGUGUUGCAGCCGACCACCCAAACGGCCCUGGAUUCUCUAUUCGAAUUGGAAACUAUGGUGGUCGACGGGGACGGGGAGCCCCUUGUGGAUGCUGAGGGUAGUCCCGCAGUCGGGCGGAUCUCCAGGUUCCCAAUCCAUUGGUGCUCGGGUCAUUAUGAGCAAGGCACCGAGCACUAUCAUACCCCUGUGGGGAGCAUGAGUGUCGAGGAUGACGAGGCCUGUGUUGUCCUUUGCAAGUUUGUUGAUGGCUUUUUCCCUGCCCGGUGGGUCACGAGGGAAGGGGGUGAUAUUCUUGAUGAGGAUGGCUACCCGACGUUCUAG